AUUUCUUAGAGCUCCCGUGUGUUUGUGUGUCUGCGCCCAAUGGCUCUCAGCUCGUUAUGAUGGAGACAUUUCUUGUCCUGGGUCUGUGUUUUAUUCUAUAUGAAGCAUUGGAUUUCUUUCAAGGAUGCAUUCAUAGUGCCACACCCAAUACAAGCGAUCAAAUUGAUGCCUAUCGUCGUCAGCUUGACGAACAACGUCAGAAACAACAAGAAGAACAAUUUUUGGCGAAUUUAACGCCACUGCUGAGUGCCCAAUUGGCUGCGGCAGGUUUUAAUCUAUCCACCUUGACAACACCGACAGCAUCAACGGCCAGUGUUAUCAGUGAUCUGAAAGCUCAAGUGGUGCAGCGUGAUAACGAAAAUCAACAUUCGGUUAGUACACCGGCUUUGCAUUCUGGUGGUAUUGGUUUAAGUGGUGGUGGCGGAGACGACAGCGUUGGUUUUCGUCCGGCCAAUCUAAGUGUUUACGAAACCCAAGAAUUGCAUGCCACCUCGUCAUUGCCCCGAGACUAUUAUUACUUGCAACAACAACAAUUGAAGAAUAAAAACUCCUCUAAAUCUCUACUGUCGAAAUUCUCAUCAGGUUCGGAUAAUCGUAUCUUUCCCGAAUCUGCUAGUAUUUUGGGUAAUCCUGCUGGGGUCAUUACCACCCAACCUUUACUGCAGCAGCAACAACAACAGCAGGACCUAAAAAGAGCUUUACUACAAACCAACAACGACUUGGAACAAACGAAUUCACCACCCUCACAUCAUCACAGUUCUCAACUCUCUCUCAAUUCCACCCAUCAAAUCUCAUCUUCUGAGGAAGACGAAGAGGACGACGACGACGAAGAGGGUGCAUCCGAUUCAUCUUCGACACAGGGCGAGGCAUCUCUGCAGUCGUGUCCCUAUACCUCAGAUCACGACGACAUCAACGAAGAUCGCACAUUCACCGUGGGCUCGUGCAGUUCGUCGCAUGCUGAUUUCCGGGAAAUUGAAUGUGAACGCCUGCGACGUCAAUGUGUGAGCGUUAAACGCAUCUAUAGCAUAUCGGAGAAAUUUUAGAAAAACUAACCAAA